UCACCUUCUCAAGGCAGCCGCUCCUCUCCUCCCCCAACCGCCACUCUCUACUGUAACAGCGGCAUCAGUCGUCUUCUUAGGGAGCCACCUCCGCCGUCCGCCGUUCUAGUCCUGCGACCGCCAAUCUCAUGCGCCGACCACCAUUUGGCCUCCGUCUCUUAUUUCUUCAGGAAUUGCAAGAGUCAAAAAAAGACAGUGUUGCACUUUCAAUGUGGAGUGGAGCAGCAGUGGCAAAACCUGGUUCGAAGCUGUUGUGCGAGACAAGGGUUGAGGGAGUUGCAAACAAAGAUGCCGGUGUAGACAUUGAUGAGGAGAACAGCCAAGAUGGCUCCCCGAAUUGGAGAUUUUGGAGGGCUCUUCCCUUUGGUGGAUUCCCAUUUGGUGGUUGAUAGUUGAAACCAAAUUUGAGAUUGCAACUGUGGCCUUAAUCAGACUGCAAUUUUGAUUUCGUAGUUCUCUCUUAAUCAGACUAUUGGCCUUGAAUUGGUAAGAGAGGGUAAUGCCAGUGAAGAUGAUCCCAAAUGAUACAGUCGUCAACUUGCUUCACAAUAACACACUAGCUUUCAUGACACACACAAGAGCCUUGCGGUUUCUUUUCCGGAACAUCGACAUUCAUUGUACUUUGUUUGUAGUACUUUUGGUCUUGAGUGGAAAAGGCCUUUGUUUAGACUUUUUUGUAUUAUACCUAUUGCAAUUCCGUCAGUUUUUAAUGUGACACAACACCAGUUACACUUA